AUGCGAAGACACGAGAGCUCGCCAAAACAGGGACUUCGCCUGUACCUAGCGCUUGCGCGGUGUCAGGCGCUGCGACAACUCGCAGCUCACGGGUCUGUGCCCCUGGUUCGAUGUGCACCUGGUUACGAUACGACAUACCUCGCCGCCGAACGACCACCUUCGCUCGCGGCAUCGCCGUGUUUGCUGCUCAAUGAACAGCCAAGGAGAAUUGUGAUCGAUCAGGAAUUGCUCGAAAAGACACUAACAACCGCCACCAGGCGCGGCGGCGAGUUCGCCGAAGUCUUUGUCGAAGAUCGACAGUCGUCGGGCGCACUCCUCGACGACGACCGCAUCGAAGAGCUGACCUCAGGACGCAGUCGGGGCGCCGGCAUCCGUGUUCUUGUCGGCGACUCCACCGGCUUCGCUCACACCGCCGACCUCAGCGAGGCGGGGCUUGUCGCCGCCGCCCAAGCAGCAGCCGACGCGGCCCGAGACGGAAAAGGCGACGUCACCACGGUCGACUUGUCGGCCCAAACCGCCUCGUCGCCAAACCCUGUUUCCGUGUACCCAGACACCAUCGCCAAACAACGCAAGGUCGAACUCCUGACAAUCGCCAACGACGCCGCGCGUGGCGUGGGCGACAAUAUCUCGCAGGUCUCGGUCGGCUACGGCGAUGUACGUCGGCGCAUUCAGAUUGCGAACAGCGAUGGGCUUCUGACCGGCGACGAUCAAGUCAAGACCCGAUUCUCUGUGUCCUGUGUUGCCAACGGCGAUGCCGGCAUGCAGACCGGUCGCGAAUCGAUCGGGCAUUCGAUGGGCUUCGAGCUCUUCGAUCAAUACGACGUGAGCGAACUCGCGAUCAAAGCAGCACAGCGUGCGCUGACCAAGCUACGAGCUCGUCCUGCGCCGUCUGGUGAAGUGACAACGGUGAUCGGUAAAGGUGGUGGUGGAGUUCUGUUCCACGAAGCCUGUGGGCAUGGCCUCGAGGCUGAUCAUGUCGCCAAGCAGUCCACCGUGUUUGCUGGCCGGGUCGGCGAGUUGGUCGCUAGCCCAUUGGUCACGCUGAUCGAUGACGGCACCAUGGCCCACGAAUGGGGCGCGUUUGCCGUCGACGAUGAAGGUCGACCUGCACAACGCAAUGUCCUUAUCGAAGACGGCAUCCUGAUCGACUUCAUGUGGGACGAGCUUCGUGCCCGCGCCGAGGGACGCCCAAGCAGCGGUAACGGCCGCCGCCAGAGCUACAAGCACCUGCCGAUGGUGCGUAUGACCAACACCUACAUCGCCAACGGCGAAACCGACCCAAGCGACAUCAUCGCUGACACGGAUUCUGGCAUCUUUGUCGCCCAGCUCGGCGGAGGCCAGGUCAACACGGUAAAUGGCGACUUCGUCUUCGGCAUGACCGAGGCGUACCUGAUCGAGAACGGCGAGAUCACCGAGCCCAUCCGCGAGGGCAACCUGAUCGGGAACGGACCCGAAGUUCUGACCAGCAUCGACGCACUUGGCAACGACUUCGAAAUGGGCGGCCCCGGCACCUGUGGCAAGGACGGGCAGGGCGUACCGGUUGGCGAUGGCACGCCGACCCUGCGGGUUCCCGCCCUCACCGUUGGUGGAACGGCUGCCUAA